UCAAGGAUUGCCCUGCACUAUAAAAAUUCCAGAGGGGGAACAUUCCAGAUGUCUUUCUGCCUGUUUUGUCCUCCUCCCUGUUUGUCGCCACACCCCACCACACCUACCAAACAGUUGUGCUCUUUGUGCACCAGUGACAUGACCUGUCAGUUUAGAUCUGGUCACUUGUCAGCAAUUAGAUUUUUUUUAAAUUGCUUUGUUUCAUGACUUCCUCGGUUGGUCGUCUGCAGAAAUGUGCUCGGUCGGUGUUUUGUUGUGGAGUCUCUCCCGCCGGACGCAAACUGCCUUCACCAAUCUAUUUAUACCUGCAGCGAAGCAUUUUCCUCGAUCCCACCAGGAAGUGGCUGCCGGUGGAAGAAUUCCAUUGUGUGGUGGAUCAAACUCAGUCCAAAGCUUCUCCUGAUGCCUGGUUCAUAUGAAGGUCUGGAGGUCUCCGUUUAUCGAAGCAGUUACUUGUGGGUAAUUUGUCCUCACGCUGACUGUGAGUUGUCCUGAAGGAAAUCGAUGUCCUUGUUUGCAUUCCCCUCUAAUUCUGGACACUCGAACUCCCAGCCUCUUCCUGUUGUCCGCAUGUGGAAAGUGGCCUCGUGAGCGAGGUCACACCGGGACACAGAGCUUAAUGGAUUAUCGCUGGAUUCCAUGGCAGAGUCGGCCGAGGCGGUGUCUUAUAAUUUAAACUUCUUCCCUUUGAGACCACCGACUAGAUUAGUGGAGUCUUCUGCUGGAGAGCACAUCUUACAUUUACAUGUGUUCAUUGAGUGCCGCCUUUCCCCAAAGUGACACGCAGCUUGUGUGUCUCGCACCACCAUUUUGCUGGUUCACAUCCCUCCAUUAGCUCCUAUAGAAACGACGCUCAAACAGCAAGUACAUAGAUAAUCAUAGCAGAUGAUGCUGAACUCAUUUAUGUAGCUGUCAGGAGAUCAGGAGCAGUUUUGAGACCCUUCUUGAACGCCUGGAGGGAUUCAGCACUUCUGAGAGACAGAGAACUCAUUCCAUCACGUUGAGCCCGAAGAAAGCAACCUACAGGUUUGUCAUUGUGGACCCUGCGUGAGUGGAACCAGCAGAAGUUAAAGGUAGAGGAGUGUAGUGUUCACCUGGUGCAUCCCAGCAAGAUCUGGUCCUGUAGGUAUUUGGGGGGGCUGAUCGUUGAAUGUUUUUUUUUUUUUUCUUUGCCCCUUUGGGACUCUCCCUAUACCUCAGUUACCAGUGUCGUGUUGUUGUAACAUCUCUCUCUAUGGAGGCCAUAUUGUGGCAGGUGAACCCCAGGGGAGGUGUUUUUGUGAUCGGAAUGCACAUUUCGUGCGUGCUCACUUAUUCAUAGGUACACCCCCUUGUGGCGGUAUCUCAGCAGGGGACCUCCACAGCUCUCAUCGCGGCCUGGGUUUGAGUACUUCGUACCUCACUCUUUACAUUACUGCGAGAUGUUUGCUUAGAGCCUGUGGUCGUGCCGUGUCCGGGGGGGGGUAAGUGGUGCUUAGUUCAGCUUUCAGCACGGAGCGGUUCCAGGUGUGUAUUUUUAACCCGCGUGUCUAAAUGAGGAGACGGGCGCUUCGCUAUGGGACACGCUGCAGAUUUUUAAUCAUCAUCCUCCUUCAGGGAUUCUUCGUCCUCACAGGUCCCACCUAAAGUGGAGCAGCUCUAUUUUCACAUCGUGUUCCACGCGUGCGCUCGCAGGCCCCUGCGGAGUCUUCACCGGGCUGUAAUUGGAUCACGCCCCGAGGUGACUACGGCAUGGAAGAUGAGCCGCUGGCCUGGCCGGAUGAUGAGGACGAUGAGGAAGAGGAGGAGAACGAAGGGGGCGGGGAGCGGCCGCUGCUCGACGACAAGCCCCGGCCCAUCCAGGUGGUGCUGGCCCACGACGACAGUCAUCUUUUCGAGCUGGACGAGGCCGCCCUGGAGCGCGUGCUGAUGCAGGAGCACGUGCGGGACCUGGACGUCGUGGUGGUGUCGGUGGCCGGAGCCUUCCGGAAGGGCAAGUCCUUUCUGCUUGACUUCAUGCUGCGCUACAUGCACAGCCAGGUGGGCUCUCGAGCGUCGCUCGACCGCUGCUCUUUUACUCAGGCGCCGAGCUUCUGGCUGGGGGGCGACGAGGAGCCCUUGACCGGCUUCGCCUGGAGGGGCGGCUGUGAGAGAGAGACGACGGGGAUCCACAUGUGGAGCGAGGUGUUUGUGGUGGACAAGCCUGAUGGGACCAAGGUUGCAGUUGUGCUAAUAGACACCCAGGGGGCCUUCGACAGCCAGUCGACCAUCAAGGACUGCGCUACGGUGUUCGCGCUCAGCACCAUGACCAGUUCGGUGCAGGUCUACAACUUGUCUCAGAAUGUGCAAGAAGACGACCUUCAGCACCUCCAGCUCUUCACCGAAUACGGGCGCCUGGCCAUGCAGGAGGUCUCUCAGAAGCCCUUUCAGACACUCAUGUUCCUGAUAAGGGACUGGAGCUACCCGUACGAGCACCCCUACGGCCUCGAGGGGGGACAGAGGUUCCUCGAGAAGAGAUUGCAGGUCAAGCAGAACCAGCACGAGGAGCUGCAGAAUGUCAGGAAGCACAUCCACUCCUGCUUCUCCUGCAUCCGCUGCUUCCUGCUCCCCCACCCGGGCCUCAGGGUGGCCACCAAUCCCAGCUUCGACGGGCGCUUGAAAGACAUUGACGACGAAUUCAAGAGGGAGCUGGAGAAACUGGUGCCCUUGCUGUUGUCUCCAGAGAACCUGGUUGUGAAGGAAAUCGGUGGAGCUAAACUGACCUGCAGAGACCUUGUGGAGUAUUUUAAAGCCUACAUCAAAAUAUACCAAGGCGAAGAGCUACCUCACCCCAAAUCCAUGUUGCAGGCAACUGCUGAGGCGAACAACCUUGCAGCCGUGGCAGGAGCGAAGGACACGUAUAACAGGAACAUGGAGCAGAUCUGCGGAGGCGACAAGCCGUACAUCGCCCCGGCCGACCUGGAGCGCAGCCACGAGGAGCUGAAGCGCUGCUCCGUGCGCCAGUUCUGUUCCGUGAAGAAGAUGGGAGGGGAUCAGUUCUGCCAGCGCUACCAGGACCAGCUGGAGGCGGAGCUGGACGAAGCCUUCACCACCUUCGCCAAGCACAACGACAGCAAGAACAUCUUCUACGCCGCCCGCACGCCCGCCACCCUCUUCGCCGUCAUGUUCAUCAUGUACAUCGUCUCCGGGGUGACGGGAUUCCUCGGGCUGAACUCUAUAGCCGGCCUGUGCAACCUGCUCAUGGGCAUGGCGCUCGUAUCGCUCUGCACCUGGGCUUACGUCAAAUACUCAGGGGAGUUCCGGGAACUUGGAACAGUCAUCGACCAGGUGGCAGAAACCUUAUGGGAACAGAGGACUCCAAGAAAGGUGUUAUCCAAAGUAAUUGAGUCAGCAAGACGCCGGCUCUUGUGGCGCCCGCUUGCGGUGGCACAAAGAAAGAGACUUACCGCAAACAACAACUACAAGAAGAAAAAGUAGCCCUUGCUCUGUGUUUAACUGAGUCCGUGUUUUACCCUGUCAGUAUGUGGCCGCUGGGCCUCCACACACUGAUUACAAACGAAACCUGGGUCACGCCACAUUUUAGACUGCAGGUUUGCACCUUUCUACCAAUUUUUGUACGUCCUUUGUAUAGAAGUCCUUCUGGUUUCAAAGCAAAUGUCUGCACAGGUCUGUCUGCCGCAACUUUUAUUUUCCCAUUGCAUUUGUCUUGUUUUACGUUUCCAAUAUUAUGAGUAGUUUUUUUUUUUUUUUUUUUCUCCCCCCUCCCGUCACGCUCAUUUCUUGCUUUAUUCUGAUUGAUUUAAUUCAAUAUUGUGUUGGUCUCAUUUCCCUUCCCCCAUCUGUCUGUGUCUGUCUGUCCCAUUGUCACUCAGGUGUUGAAGCCAUUGAGCGACUACUACAUGGAGGAUAACGUUAGACAGAGCGUGGCCAACUCCAUCAAGGCCAGCUUGACAGAACAAGGUUUGCAGAACGCCAGGCGAAAGGCCAGCUAGCGACCAGCGCGAUGCCCGCUCUGGACGGGGCUCGCGUUCCGGCCCAUAGACUGAGGAACUCUGCAAACCAAAGUUUAUCAAUCAGCUCCUACUGUAGUGCCGCCCCUCGAUCUUAUGACCCAUUGUGGAAUAUUGAUGCUUCCUCCCUUCUCGUCGUCUGUUAUGGCUUUGUUCCGUCCCGUUUAUAACGCACUCUUACAGUUCCAUCAAUUAGAUUUCAUCCUCUAGCGUGAAGGUAGGUUCUCCGCAGUGCGUCCUGUGAAAUGGUUAGUGAGCAGAUUACA